AUAUUUUGUAUUAUUCAGACAUGAUGCAGCCAAUUUUGGAUCAUGGGAAACUGAGGUAAACUCAAUGGUGGCCAUAAUGAAACAUCUCGAAAACAGCCUAACUGGUCCAUGCCAACCAGGAUUCCCAUCUAAGCUAGUCCCAUCUGGAGGUGACUGAUGUAACCCCCAGGCAGCUCUCAAGAUGGAGAUCUCCUCACACCAAGCCCGUUUAUUCCAACAGCUAAACGAACAGCGUAAGCAGGAAAUGUUCUGUGACUGCAGCAUCAUUGUGGAGGGCAGAGUCUUUAAAGGUCACCGUAACAUCCUGUUUGCCAGCAGUGGCUACUUCCGUAUGCUGCUGCUUCAUAACGCCCAGGAUGUGGGGCAGCCCGCCGUAGCCACAUUCGACGUCUUCUCUGCAGAUGCAUUUACAAUUAUUUUGGAUUUCAUCUACUCGGGGCGACUGUCCCUCACGAGCCAAAAUGUGAUUGAUGUGAUGUCAGCUGCCAGCUUCUUGCAAAUGACAGAUGUAAUUAAUGUCUGCAAGAGCUUCAUCAAAUCAUCCCUGGACAUAAGUGAAAAAGAGAGAUACUUAAGACAUUCCAGUAAUAGUGAAAUUAAAUGUGGGGAAGCACCUCCCUUGUACUCAGGCAGCCGUGGUGUAGAGAUUAAUGCUGGUCACGCUCAGAAGGACUCUGAUUUGGGAGGUACUGUCGGACAUUCCUGGAGAAAUUUCAACUUUCAUCAGGCAGUUUCAAACCUUCCCUGCCCCAGAGACCAAUUGCCGAUGUCUUUUGCCAAUGACCAAGCACCUCAGGAAGUUGCUGUUUACAAAGGCAACAGCUUGUGUAGUUUGGGUGCAAGAACGUCUGAACACAUAAACACAGAACCCCAGGAUCAUGAGAAGAGAAUAGCGGGUUCUGAGCCAAUUGGUCCGCUUGUGAAUUAUCAUUUCAGGCAUCAGGCAGAUGCGCUGUCUCUACCACAAAGGAACGCUGACACAGUGCAGCAACCUUCUCAAGGGAGAGAUCGAAAGGCAGAAGAUUGGUAUCCUCCAGUGCCUACAAUUGUGGAAGUUGUAGGUGACUGGAAUGGAGAGAACACAGGAGACUGCAAUAUAUUACCAAAGAUGAGAUUCAAGUGCCCUUUCUGUACACAUACAGUGAAGCGGAAAUCUGACUUGAAGCGACAUCUUCGAUCACAUACAGGGGAGAGACCAUUUCCUUGUGAUUCCUGUGGAAAGAGAUUCACACGACUCGAGCACCUCCGCAGUCACCACAUGACCAUCCAUGUGUCCAGAAAGGCUAUUUGCAAAGUUUGCAGGAAAUCACUUACCGGCAUUGCAGCCAAAAUUGUACAAUAUGAUGGCAGGUCAUUUGGGUUGUGCAAUAGCUGUACAAAUCCAAUGAAUUCGGGUCACGAUGAUGAACCUAUCGACUUGGAUGCACACGCAGACAAUGAUACGGAAUUUCAGGAAAUUAACAAAGAAUCUAGCUGGAUUUCUGCAGAGACUCAGGGCGACACAGAAGUCCUGAGUUCAGGAGGAGAAGAUCCAGGCAGCAACCAAGUUAAUGUAGUAGAAGAAAUUCUGGAUGAUUCAGAUGAGCAAGUGUAAGUUUAUGGUAAAACUGAGAAGAGAGCCUGAGGGGACAUUCUAUGCUGAAACCUUUUUAUAAGGAUAGAAAAUUACAAAUGUUACCCGAGGGGUUAUAAAGAGAGGUUCCAACACCUUGUACAUAUAUUUGCCUUUUAAAAUGUUACUAACAACUUGUUAGUUGUUUCUCAUUUCUGCAUAUUAAAGGUGAGAUGGUUUAAAGUAUUGAGUUACUAAUGGAAAGCAUUGCUUUAAAGUGUUGCAUGAUGAAUAGUGUACAAGUAUUUAAAACCACAAGGAUUAGGUCAUAGCCAAGAACCUUUUUGACAACAUGUUAAAGAGAAAAUGGAUUCUCAAGAUUAGAUUUGAAGAAACAUAUUGUUUUCUGUUGUAGAAUAAUGAUUAUACAUAAUGCUCAGAUAUUCACUGUCAUGUUGCCCUGGUGGAGAGCUAGCAUGGACAUGAUGUGUUAAGUGGCCUUCUGUAUUGAAACCAAUCUGUGAUCCUGUUCAUACAACAUACUUCUACAUACAACAUUUUUACACUCAGAAAGGACUUCAAAUCGCAUGCUUAUAACCAGAUGUCACAGAUUCAUACAUGAACAUAAAUCUAGAGUCCAUAUGUUUGGAUUGUUUUCAAAAUGUUAAAAGUCUGUGAUAAGACAAAGGACGAUUUAAUUUUCAUGUUAAUUCCAACUUGGGAAAUAGUGCAGAACCAUUUUAUUUAUCCAUCAAUAUUAUACCUAAUUUAUUUUAAGACUUAAGUUAUUUUUAGGUAAUUUUCAUUUCAGUUUUGUAUUAUUAUCAAAUCAUCCUGUGUUUCUGGCAUCCCCUCAUCACCUGCUGGCAUUUUUGCUUAGCAUGAUCAAUAUUUGUCUCUUGGUUAAGGAAAUUGAAGUCGUGUGGUAUUACCUGCUUUUGCACCUGAGUUUGUUAUAGUAAAUAAUUUUCAGUCUUGGACAGAUGGAUCUUCAGUAAAGAAGCAUGUCUGGAAAUUGACAAAACUUUCUUUAAAAGAACAAAUAUAAUGUUUAUACCCAUACCCUAAUAACUUGCAUUUAAACUCACAACAUUGAUAUUCUGUUUUCCUUAUUAAUUACUGUACAGGUAGUCAAUAUUCCUGCUCAUAUAAUUCAUGUUCAAAUUAUUGACAGAACAUACGGUAUUUCCACCAUCUCCUGCUCUAGGUAUAGAAGACUGUAACAUGAGUGUUCAGUAAGGUGACGUUAUGAGCGCACAUCUUGAAUGCCUGCUAACUCACUGGAUGCCUCCCUGACCUUAAGGACUGAUAGAUAUAUGUUUUGUAUUACAUAUUAAAUAUUCUUUGUACAAAGAGGAUCCAAUUCAUUGAGCUUCAUGGGAAAAGAGGAUAAACAGAUAUGUUUUAAGUGAUUUGUGGUUUUAAAACAUCAAAGUCAAGAUGUAUGAUAUUGCAAUACACAAUUUUUAUAUACUGUAUAUUAAUGUUUAUUGGAUUUUGAUCUUGUGCCAGAACUGUUAAACUUGUUGUAUUGUAACAUUGUUUUUAUAUUCUGACUGCUCUGAGAAUUGCUGUCAGCUAAUUAUUUCUUUUUUGGAUUGGGUAAUGUGUUCUAAGUGAUUUUGAUAAUUGAACCUGUAAUGCUUAAAACCAAUCAUGAUUUUAAAUCAUACCCAAAUUGGAUGUCCAGAUUAUUUUUAUAUAUAAGUUUCCAAAAAAAUACGCCGUCACUUAAAAAAGUGAGUAAUUCUAUGUUUAAAAAGUAUAUAUUUUUUCUACAAAGUGCAUCUGUUACUGGAACAAUGUGUUUCAUGGUGGUAUAUUAAAUACAGCUGAGUUGACUAUUGUGGAUUGAUCCAUACAACUUGUCUAAGAUAAAGGUAACCUAUUUUGAAGCUUCAAUUCAUUCUGUUAACCUUAUCGUCUCCAAGAAGAUGUCAGAUUUUUGAAUGCACAGUAUUUAGUGCUGUAGAAGUACCCUAGGUUUUUAACAGAUCUCAUUCUUGUAUGAAUUUGAUGUACGUUUUGAUUCAUAACUUUGUGUGCUUCUCCAGUCCUCUGAAAGGUGACUGGAGCGAUAAGACCCAUUAUAAAUUGAUAAUCAAUUAUAAAUAAGUUA